UGCUCUCACUGGACUGGCUCAUUUUUCUUCUCUUUUUUUUGGCAAGGUGAUCAGGGGUAAUAUCAUACCUACAGUUUCUGAUGGCAAACUGCGUAGAAGAUGCCAGUUACUUUCGAUGAUGGUUCAGUUCAUCGAUUUCUUUUCAGUUAAAUAGGAGGCACCACUCCCCAAGAUCCGCAGUCUCUCCGUCGCGCUCCAUCCCCGCUCCGUUCCCCGCCGGCGAAGUAUUGACCCCAGAUCUUUCCGUCCGGCCAUGGAGAAUAAUAAGGAGGCUGCGGCUGCCGAAUCCCAUGGGACCGCAGGGAAGCGGGCACGGAGUGGCGACUGCGACGACACCGCCGGCGAUUUCAUCAGCUGGCUCCCCGACGCCGUCCUCGGCACCAUCAUCUCCCUCCUCCCCACCAAGGACGGCGGCCGCACGCCGGUCCUCUCCCGCCGAUGGCGCCACCUCUGGCGCUCCGCGCCUCUCAACCUUGAGGUCAGCACCCGCCCCCCGGGCGUCCCACCCUCCGCCGUCUCCCAGAUAAUCUCCCAGCACCCUGGCCCCGCACGCCGAUUCUCCUUCCACUGCCACGGCGCAGACGACCUCUGCGCCCAGGCGGAGAGCUGGCUUCGCUCCCGCGCCCUCGCCAACGUCCAGGAGCUCGAUGUCAGCUACGCCAAACCCCCGCUGCUGGCAUCGGUGCUCCCCUCUGCAUCCAACAUCCUUGUUGCCAAGAUCAGCCAUUGUGAUUUCGAGCCGGCCAUGAUCAAUUUCCCGUUCCUCAAGAAGCUCUCCCUAUUUUGCGUUUCCAUCUCAGCCGACCUCUUCCCCAGACUGCUCUCCGGCUGCCAUGCCUUGGAGAGUUUAUACAUGACCAAAGUUCGCGCUGUGGGUUGUCUCCGUCUUCGCUCGCCGACCAUCAGGACCAUCAUCUUCCGUCAUAGCUAUGGUGAAACCGUGGAACUGAUUAUCGAGGAUGCUCCUCGCCUUGUAAGGUUACUGGUGCCUUAUUGUGAGAGAAAUGAUAGUGUGACUAUCAGGGUGAUUAGGGCGCCUAAUCUGGAGAUAUUGGGCCCUUUCUUUGUGGUCGACUCCAAGCUCCUACUCUUCCAGGGAAUAAGCCCAGUCAGCUCAACAAACUCGAUGCGCACCUUGAAGGUUUUAGCUCUCAAGUCUUCUGAGCAGAAAUUGCAUGCAGUUCUUAACAUCCUUAGGUGGUUCCCCUGUUUGGAAAAGCUCUGUGUUAUUUUUCAUACAAACCGUGAGAUGAAUGACGAAAAUGAGCCUCAGUAUGACCCACUAAAUCCAAUCGAAUGCCUUGAGACCCAUCUAAAAAAAGUGGUGUUUAAGUCGUUUAAGGGCUAUGGCAAACAGGUUGACUUUGCGAGGUUCUUUGUAUUGAAUGCAAAGGUGCUAGACAAAAUUGAAUUUGAAGUAAAAAAUCACUACAGCAGUGGAACGGUGGCUUCUAAACACAAGCUGCUACAAGUGGAAAACAGAGCUUCCCGAGAAGCUCGGUUUGAAUUCAGGACUACUUCAUACUGACAGAGUACCAUGUCAACAAGCUUAUCCAUGAUUUGUCACUGUGGCCGACCCCUUCGGACAGCCGUAGACAGCGUUGAUGCCUGAAGAUUGCACUGUCUUGUGCUCAUUUUGUAAAUGGUGUUGAUGCCUGAAGAUUGUCUUCCGCAUGGAGAUGCUUCUGUAUACGUCAAGGUGCUUCUGUAUACUUUAAGGUGUGCUAUCAGCUAGAAAUUGUGCUAAUGAUCAACACCCUUCGGUUGCCUACUAGUUGGUCUUUUAUUAAAGUUGAGUUUACUUAAAUGAAUUUGGUCGCACCCUUGUAUAGAUUUGCGAGUAAUUUGCCUACCAGGCUAAGGGCAUUAGAAUAAUACUGCUUCUGAACCUGUUUUCAA